AUCUAGAGGGUCGUCUGUGACGUCACUGUCGUACGAUCAGCUGUUGUCCUGCUGAUGAUUCGGGAGUCGAGUUGCUGGUUGUUAUUUAUGUUUAGCGUUUUCGUUCCCCCGAGAUUGUGAUCGUCUGCAGCUGAAUAGAUACUGGUAAAAGAUGGGCACCGUGUUACUCCGUAACUUUACUGUGAACAGCAGGAAAGUUUUAGCGCAGAAUUCUCAGCAGUGCCAUACAGGAGCAGCAUCCACAUCUGAAAUCCUUCAGGGAUCAUGGUUUUCACCGAAUCAGCAUCUUCACCAUGAUCAAAACCAAGGCCCAUUUUUGUCAUCUACAAUACCCUUGGAUGAGACUCCUCCUAAGAAAGCCAAAGUUGUGAUAUGUGGUGGAGGAAUGGUCGGCACAUCAGUACUGUAUCAUUUGGCAGAGUUAGGUUGGGGAAAAGAUGCAGUUAUGCUUGAACAAGGAAGGAUUGGUGGACCAUCUGCAUGGAGAGGCUCAGGCUUCUUGGGAGGCGUUAAACUAAUGAGAUCUGAAAUCCGAAACAUAAUUAAGGACAACAAACGGUUUGAGCCAAGGCAACUUGCGGAAGCAGGAUAUGACACAGGAUGGAAACAGUGUGGCUCUUUGCAUUUAGCUCGAACCCGUGACAGAUUGACUCAUUUUAGGAAAAUGAAAGCUAUUGCUGAAGCUCGAGGAACAGAAUGUUAUAUACUGAGGCCUAAGGAAGUUGAGAAAAAGUGUAAUAUUUUGAGUACAUCUGAUCUUGUUGGAGCUUUUUGGGUCCCAAAGGAUGGAGUCUGUGAUCCACACAAAUUUGGAUAUUCUCUUCUAAAACUGGCAAGAGAAAAAGGAGGCCAAGUGGUUGAAAACUGUCCUGUAACCAGGAUAAUUGUUCAUGACUCACGGGCUGUUGCUGUUGAAACAAAUAAGGGGAUUAUUGAGUGUGACUAUGUGGUAAAUGCUGGAGGUCUUUGGGCAAGAAAAAUGGGACAGAUGACUGAACCAUAUGUCCGAGUCCCAGUUCACCCAGCAGAACAUUAUUUUCUCUAUACUUAUCCCUUAGAUGGUGUUGAUCCCUUGAUGCCAGCAAUUCGAGAUCCUGAUGGCAACUUUUACAUUAGAGAAUUCAAUGGUGGAUUCUUAGCUGGUGGUUUUGAAAAGUGGGCCAAACCUACAUUUGAAAGAGACAACUUUCCAGGCUAUGAUGCAGUAGAAAAAAGGGAACAGAGUGAAGAUUGGGACCAUUUCUAUACUAUGCUGCGUGAGAUGUUACAUAGAAUCCCAGUUAUGAAGGAUGCUGUACUCGGCCGACUUAUUAAUUCUUCCUGUGGAUUUUCACCUGAUAACAGAUGGAUUCUUGGGCAAGCACCAGAGUUGACAAACUAUUUCGUGGCAGCUGGGCUUAAAAGUGGUGGUAGUAAUGCUGCAGGUGGUAUAGGAUCAGUGCUUGCUAAGUGGAUUGUUGAUGGUAUGGCUCCAAUGGAUGCUCACGAUCUUGAUAUAUUACGCUUUCUCCCAGCGCACAAUAACAGAAGAUUUUUGUUGGAUCGAGUUCAAGAAGUUCCUGGUAUCCACUACAGCAUAGCCUACCCUUUUCCUGAUUUCAAGACUGGGAGAUGUUUACGUAUGUCUCCAAUUUUUCCAAAACUUAAGUCUGCUGGUGCUGUUUUUGGACAGGUCAUGGGAUAUGAAAGACCUAGUUAUUUUGAACCAGGAGGAAUGUUACAAGAUGAUUAUGAUGUUGAUGAUUAUGAUGUUGAAGGAAAACCAUCAGCACUAUUCAAGAUGGCUUCAACAGAAAUGUGGACAAAACCACAUUGGUUUAAUGUGGUUGGAGAAGAGUAUAUUGCAUGUAGAGAGCGGGUUGCCAUCCUGGAUUACUCAUCAUUUGCAAAGUUUGAUAUUUGGUCCAAGGGUAAUGAGGUGGUACAGGCUCUACAGUAUUUGUGCAGUAAUGAUGUAGACAUUCCUGUUGGCGGGAUCAUUCACACUGGUAUGCAGAAUUCUCUCGGGGGAUAUGAAAAUGAUUGUUCCUUAGCACGCAUAGCUCCAAAUCACUAUAUGAUGAUAUCUCCCAGUAUUCAGCAGACACGCUGUGGUACCUGGUUAAAGAGAAAUCUCCCCUCAGAUGGAUCUGUUGUUAUGAGUGAUAUCACAUCCAUGUACACUGCUAUAUGUCUGAUGGGACCUCUUGCACGAAGAGUUUUAUCCGAACUAACAGACGUUGACCUGAGCACCAAGGCCUUCCCUUUCUUUUCCUUUAAAGAAAUUGAUGUAGGGCUUGCUAACGGAAUCCGUGCCAUGAACUUGACCCAUACGGGCGAAUUAGGGUGGGUGUUAUAUAUACCAAAUGAGUAUGCUCUCCAUGUUUAUAACAACUUAGUGUCUGUCGGGAAAAAAUAUGAUCUGCGGCAUGCUGGCUACUAUGCAAUGCGAUCUCUCAGGAUAGAAAAGUUCUAUGCAUUUUGGGGUCAGGAUCUCGACUCGACAACUACCCCCCUUGAAUGUGGUCGAGCAUUUCGUGUGAAAUUGAAUAAAGACAUAGACUUCAUAGGUCGAGAAGCUCUGAUGAGACAACGAGAAGAGGGAGUAAAACGAUUGUAUGUGCAGCUACAACUUGAAGAUCAUAACCCUGAAGUUGAUCCUUGGGCUUGGGGUGGUGAGCCAAUAUAUAGGGAUGGUGUCUUUGUUGGUAUAACUACCACAACUGGGUAUGGUUACACCCUAAACCACCAGGUUUGUCUUGGUUUCAUAAGAAACUAUGAUGAAAAUGGUAAAAUGACUUUUGUAACACCUGACUAUGUCAUGUCUGGCCACUACGAAGUUGACAUUGCUGGUGUUCGAUACUCAGCCAGUGUCAGUCUGCGUUCUCCAAGUCUUCCGACUAAGUUCCCAGAACCACAAGAAGAUCGAUAUCGUGCAACACAAAUUUAAUUCAUUACCUGAUUUGAGAAAGAACACACUAUACAAUACUUGCCUUGCAAUUCAGUCUCUGUGAUGCUGACUUUUAGUGUUUUUCAAAUAGUGUACUCACAGAAAUAUAGUUAAUUCAGAGUUUAGAACACACAUAAAUAUGUAUGUGUUUGAAGUAAAAUAGUAAUAAUACAGCUAUAUAGAACUCCAGCUUUUUUAAGACUUUACAGGAAUAUCAGAUUGUUUAAUCUUGCAGCUUUUUUAAGAUCUGAUGGAUUUGAAACUUUUUCAGCACAAAUUUUGAGGACUGUAUUGACCAUUGAGUAGUUACAUGUUUAUAGUGUUUUGUCUAUAUUGUAUAUAUGACGUACUUAAAACUGUAUGUAGAACUUUAUUUAUUGAAAUACUGUCUUUUAAGAAUCAGGCUCUGUAAAUAUGGUUACUAUUGUAAGUCACAAAAAUCAAAGAUUUAUGUAGACAGCCAGAAACCAGACAUUCAGUAAACAGUACUAGUAUGUGAUUUUUCUCAACAUUUUCCCACAUUGUGCCUGUCAUCAGCAUUCACUGACAAUCUUAGAACCCCUAUAAUAUUACACUGCAGUGAUAUACCAAAUUACAUGUAAGUUCAUGAGUAUUUCUGAUAGCUGUUUUAUGAUAAGUAUACACUGAAAUGUCUAUUAAUUACUUUAACAACAGUUUGUUUACAUAUGCUAGUAUGUAUCAACAAGGACUCAAUUGUAUUCAAAUGGGGAAAAUGUAAAUUGUUAAAAAUGCUCAACAUUUUUGUCUUGGAAAAUUUGUAAAGGAUAGAAAAGAUUUGUCAAAACAAGUAGUUUACCCAAGAAAAGUCUAAAAUCUACUAAAACAUAUUAAAUAUUGUUAUCCAAAAACUAGUAGUUUAAAACUAGACAUAUACUAUACAUAGUGGUAAAAAAAGUACAAGAAAAUAAAAAUGGUAGUUGAGCAAUUUCAAACAAGUUAAUAUUUCCACGCAAAAAAACCAACAUCACCGUAAAUACAUGUGUUCAUAUGCGGAACAAAACCUUCAGUCUUAACAAUAGGAUAAAUCUUAGUGCACCAGCUAGAAACUGGUUCACUGUUUAAAAAGUCUAAAACAUUGAAAAGUACAUAAAUGAAUAAAUUUUUUACAUUAAAACUUAAUGUUUCAUCAUUUGGGAUUUUCUUGACCAACCUGUUUACAAACUGAAUUGCUUUCAACUUUAGUGUCAGAUAUUUUGCCUAGAAGUGGCUGCAGAGAAGUUAUAAGGAAUUUAGAGUUUAAUUUAAGACACUUAAGUGAGCCAAUAGUGCUUAUAAUAGGUCUUAGUGGUUGGCCUUCUUUUUGAGUUUUAAUAGUACUACAAAAUAGGGAAGUUGGCAUUUACAGUACUAAAUAUGUUUAUCAUAUUAUGUAUACUCCCAAAUAUCUCUCUUGUUCAUUUUUGAAAUUGUGCAUUUACACACAUAAGUGAGUUACACAUCAGUUGUUUAUAUGUUCAUGGUCAUUUAACAAUGUUCAUUUUAUCAAAAUAGAAGACUUGACUGAAAAUUAUAAAAUCACUAAACCAUUGGUAAAACUUUUAUUUGUAAUAGUCAAGAAAGCAAUAAAGGAAUUAUUUACAAGGUAACAUGCAAGUGUGGAAGUUUCUAUAUAGGACAAGUUGUGAAGUCAUUCAAAAAACUAAUUUUGAAUCAUAAAUAUAAAUGUGGAAUUUACCAACUGACUGGCUGUGAUGAAAGACUUUGCAAAAAGCACAGGUUUCAUUGAAAGAAUUGUUACAAUCUGCAUGCAUAUUUCAGAGAAAAAGAAAAUAUUUCAAUUUAUCUCCUGGUUUAUAUACAUUACAUCCUUUUAUUUGAUAUUGAGACAUUGGUACAGGGUUUGAUCAUGUUAUACAUUAACUAUCAUACAAUGUACAUUUGUUAAAAUGCAUUUACUGUUAUGUUGGUUUUCAUGUACAUAGAUUACCUCAUUUGACAUGUUUGUAAUUCAAUCGCUUAGCUACCAUUUUUAUUUUACUAUACUACUAUAAUACUGUUAUGUUUUUAGUUCACACUAAAAUUAUUGCUACUGUUAGGUUUUUGUCCUUUCUUGGGUAAACACAUUGUCAAAACCUUUCCCCCUUAAUAAACAAUACAACAGAUCCAUUAACAAACAAAACUGUUGAGCAUUAUUUAAUCUUCCCUGUGUGGAAUACAACCGAGUGAUGUAUCUUCAUACCUAGGAAGAUUAUUGGCAUCAACAAGGACUUUUAUCCACCCCAAAAUUACAGACACAACACCAGAACACCUCACUGUCAAAGCAAAACCAUAUUUAGUCACUGUUGCCAGGAUGUUUCAGGGUUUAUUAGGGUAACAUUUUGCAGUCCUGUACAGUAUAUGCAUCAUACAUCACAUCUCUUCCAUUAUUUGGCUGUGAAGUUAAUGUUUAUAGUGCAAGAUAUAGUACCUGUUUAUUUAAGGAAGCUGAUGAAUAGCUCUUGAACUGUUUUCCUUGUUAACUAGACUAUAUCAACACUUAUACUACUAUACACAGAAGCCAUUUUACAAAUAGGUUUUUUCAUACUGGCUGUUUACUUGAUCUGCUAUAGAUGAGUAAUAAACAUUACUAUGUAAUGAUAUUGACUGUUACUUUAUUAAAUGCAAUUAAUCUUA